AUGUCAAAUUUGCUUACUUUAAGCUUUAUGCUUUAUGCUGUUAUUGUAUAUAAUAAUGGAUUGGUAAGAACUCAAAGUUCGAAUGUCCUGUUGCUUACUGCUUCAAAGAACAUGAAUUCUAAUUCGUUGGUGAUGCCAGUUCAAGAUCAAGAAUCGCAUGAAAUGUUACAGCUGACAUCAAGACAUAAGGCUGAUCAACACAGCUUCAAGCCGAAAGUCAUCCCAAGUGCAAAUGAGCAUUUCAAUGAUGAAACUGGCCUUAAAGAUUAA